GGCUAUACCGGCUGAUUGAUCUUGCGCUGUGCUGUAAAUUAUUUUGCUAUCCUAUAUUGGAGAAAAGUUACUAAACUACAUCCAUCGUCGUUUAAAUUAACUACAGCAAACGAGUUCUUUCGUCCACAUCAUGGCGACUGAGCAAGACAAUAUUAUAACCCUCGAAGGGUCUUCCGAAAUGAUUGGGGAAUAUCUGCGUUACGCAGUGAACAGCAUCCUUUUCCAGCGCGGCAUCUAUCCGGCCCAAGAGUUUGAGACGAGCGAACGAUACGGCGUCCCGAUGUACUUGUCCAAGAACGAGGGAGUCAAGCGGUUCUUUGACGCUAUAUUACCGAACAUUGAAGAAUGGUGUUGCAAGAAAUCGAUCGAAUCGGUCAUACUCGUUCUUUAUAACGUACGCACAAAGGAAGUGGUAGAGCGUUGGGAUUUCAACAUCAAACAUGAGAUGGAGGGAAUACAGCAGGAAAACGUCCCACCCGGCGACUCGGGCGCGCAACAGAUCAUAUCGUACAAGCCUUUGCAGAAAAUUCGCGGCGAGAUUCGCAACGUAAUGCGUCAGAUCGCAUCAUCGAUCGCAUUUUUGCCGCUUCUGGAUUUCCCCUGCACGUUCGAUGUGUUGAUUAGAAAAUGCGGCGCCAUACCGCAGAAAUGGAACGAAACGGGUUCGAUCGAUGUGAGCAACCCGCAAACGGUACACAUGCGUCAAUUUUCAACGGGAAUUCACCAGAUGGCUACUUCGGUCACUUACAGUCUUCAGAACGAUAACUAAAUCUUUUCACUUCCACUUUUCCUUUUCUUCAUUUCCUUUGUAUCUCAUCAACUUCGUAUGUAAUAUGUAACGGCAGCAUAAUCUGUUGAGCGCCUUAAUAAACCGUAAUGCUAUAUCUUAUC